UCCGUUUCAGCGCGAUCGAUAAUCUCGUCGCUCGAUUAUAUCGUGAAGUCGCUCCGCUCUCUCGCUCGCUUCUCCCCAUUGCAACUUUUGCAGGCACUCACUCCACAGACAUGAUCGCCACCAGCUGAAGCCGAGACCUGCAAUUUGGCUCUUUCUGGGAGCCAAAAACCCAUCCGGACCCGUGGAGUUAAGUUGCAGACAUCUUUUCAUCACCCCCCCUCCCCCGGACCGACCAUCAAACUGAAAACCUGGAUGCGAUUGUUUAUUUCAUCCUUUUCUCUCCCGAUGAACUGGUUAAGUAAUGCAGGAGACAGCAGCGAUUCUGUCCGCGGCACAAGAUGGCAGAUUUUUAUUGAGUUGUGAACAGUGCUGUCGCUUCAUUUUUUGCCAUGAAUAACAGAAAUCCUUGCACCGAUGGCCCCUGUAUACGAAGGUAUGGCCUCGCAAGUGCAAGUCUUCUCCCCUCACACUCUUCAGACAAGUGCUUUCUUUAGCGUGAAGAAACUAAAGGUGGAGCAGAGUUGUAACUGGGAUAUGACGGGGUACGGCACGCAUAGCAAGGUCUACAGUCAAAACAGCAAGCAGAGUGUCUCAGUCGCACCAGUGGGCAUUAACGGCGCCAGUCUCCAGGUCUCCAACUCUUCCCUGUCCUACGAACAGGCCCUCCUCUUCCCUGCCGGCUCGGGUCACAUUGUGGUGGCCUCGGCCAGCAGCACCUCUGGGGCGCCGGGUCAACUAUUGGGCAGCACAGGAAGUAGCGGGAGCGGCAGCGGAGGGCACAACCUGACGCGCCGCAGCACAGUCAGUCUGCUGGACACGUACCAGCGAUGCGGGCUUAAGCGGAAAAGCGAGGAGCUUGACAACAACAACGGCAGUGGAAGCGGAAGCAGCGUGCACGUAGUCGAGGAGCAGCAGCCACCAGUACCGAUGAUCCAGAACAACGCACAGAGUGGGGCCACCGUCGCCACGGCGACUGCAUCCACGACCGCGACGUCCAAGAACAGCGGCGCCAACAGCGAGGGCGACUACCAGCUCUUGCAGCACGAGGUACUUUGCUCAAUGACCAACACCUACGAGGUACUGGAGUUCCUGGGUCGAGGUACAUUCGGGCAGGUGGUGAAGUGCUGGAAACGUGGCACCAGCGAGAUCGUGGCCAUCAAGAUCCUGAAGAACCACCCAUCUUACGCACGGCAAGGACAGAUCGAAGUGAGCAUCCUGGCACGGCUGAGCACGGAGAGCGCGGACGACUACAACUUUGUCAGGGCGUACGAGUGCUUCCAGCAUAAGAACCACACGUGCCUGGUCUUCGAGAUGUUGGAGCAGAACCUGUACGACUUCCUCAAGCAGAACAAGUUCAGCCCGUUGCCGCUCAAGUACAUCCGACCAAUCCUGCAGCAGGUGGCCACCGCACUUAUGAAACUAAAGAGCCUUGGACUGAUCCAUGCCGACCUGAAGCCAGAGAACAUCAUGCUGGUUGACCCAGCUCGCCAACCCUACAGGGUCAAGGUCAUUGACUUUGGCUCUGCUAGUCAUGUCUCUAAAGCUGUGUGCUCUACCUACCUGCAGUCAAGAUAUUACAGAGCUCCAGAGAUCAUCUUGGGUCUGCCCUUUUGUGAGGCCAUAGAUAUGUGGUCCCUGGGUUGUGUCAUCGCAGAGCUUUUCCUAGGCUGGCCGCUCUACCCCGGAGCAUCUGAAUAUGACCAGAUUCGGUACAUCUCUCAAACGCAAGGUUUGCCAGCAGAGUAUCUGUUAAGUGCAGGGACGAAAACCACCAGGUUUUUCAACAGAGACCCCGAGUCCACCUAUCCUCUGUGGAGACUAAAGACACCUGAAGACCACGAAGCAGAGACGGGAAUCAAGUCAAAAGAGGCUCGCAAGUAUAUCUUCAACUGUUUGGAUGACAUGGCUCAGGUGAAUAUGACCACAGAUUUGGAAGGCAGCGAUAUGUUGGCGGAGAAAGCGGACAGGAGAGAGUUCAUCGACCUGCUGACCAAGAUGCUAACCAUCGACGCAGACAAAAGAAUCACGCCUAUAGAGACGCUCAACCACCCCUUUGUCACAAUGACACAUUUGCUGGACUUCCCGCACAGCGCACACGUCAAAUCCUGCUUCCAGAACAUGGAGAUUUGCAAACGUCGGAUAAACAUGUACGAUACCGUCAAUCAGAGCAAGACCCCCUUUAUUACACAUGUAGCCCCCAGCACCUCUACCAAUCUCACCAUGACCUUCAACAACCAGCUUAACACUGUGCACAGUCAGGCCACCAACCUGGCUCCCUCUUCCACCAGUGCCACCUUUUCCCUAGCAAAUCCUGAUGUCUCCAUACUAAAUUACCAAUCUGCACUCUACCAGCCUUCUGCGGCCCCUAUGGCUGCCGUGGCCCCCAGGACCAUGCCCCUCCAGCCCGGUGGGCCUCAGCUCUGCGCCGCCCGACCGGAUCCCUUCCAGCAGGCCCUGAUCGUCUGCCCACCUAGCUUCCAAGGUUUGCAAGCAUCGCCCUCUAAACACACCGGCUACUCGGUGCGGAUGGAGAAUGCAGUUCCCAUAGUAACACAAGCCCCCGGUCCUCAACCUCUCCAAAUCCAGCCAGGCCUGCUGACACAGGCCUGGCCAUCUGGUACUCAACAGAUCCUCCUCCCUCCGGCGUGGCAACAGCUCACACACACCUCCGUGCAACACGCCACCGUCAUCCCCGACUCCAUGACCGGCACACAACCUCUGGCUAACUGGAGGAAUUCACAUCCCCAUGGCAGCCAUUACAAUCCCAUUAUGCAACAGCCAGCCUUACUGGCGGGUCACGUCGCCCUGCCCUCCCAGCAACCUCUCAAUGUGGGUGUGGCUCAUGUCAUGAGGCAGCCAUCAAACAAUAGCUCCUCCUCCAAAAAGAACAAGCAGCACCAGAUGACCAGGAACGUAUCGUAUGACGUGUCCUCCACCCAGGCAGUCACGUCACCUCAGCGCUCCAAGCGUGUGAAGGAGAACACCCCUCCACGAUGCGCGGUGGUUCAGAACGGCCCAUCUACCACCUGCGCCCCAUCCCAGACCUGUGGGGUUGGAGGAGGGGGGUGGGGCGUAGAGCAGACAUGUAACACCACACGAGACCACCACGGUCAACAUAACCCUCCGCGACACACCAUUGUCAUCGCCGACACUCCCAGCCCGGCCGUUAGCAUCAUCACCAUCAGCAGCGACACGGAUGAAGAUGAUGACCACAAACAGCCCACUAACACCAGCAUGUCAUCUAAACAGAGGAAAAAUGUCAUUAGCUGUGUGACGGUCCAUGAUUCCCCUGACUCUUACUCCAGCAAUACCAGCCCUUACGCUGUGGAGACCCGGCCAAAUGGACCCAACGCCAAUGGCUACGACUCGAAGGUCGCAGUCCUGGACAACUACAGCAACGGGAACCCUCGUACCAUCAUUAUCCCCCCUCUGAAGAACCAGCCCAGCGACAACCUGGGAGAGUGUGAUAGACUCUUGCCUGACACAAUGAACCACCAGAACUCCACCUAUAAGUUCAAGACCUCCAAUGGAGGUUUGUCGGGCACCAACCACUCAUCAGGGGGCGUGACUGGAAAUGGGUCAUAUCGUCAGCAGCGCACUGGGCCACACCCCUUUCAACAGCAGCCUCUUAAUCUCAGCCAGGCCCAGCAGCACAUGCAGGUCGAGCGAAACGGAGCUCAUCGACGGCAACAGGCUUACAUCACCCCCACUAUGGCCACCCAAGCUCAAUACUCUUUCCACAACAGCCCCACCCACACAGCUCAUCUGGCACCACCUCAUCUGGCGGGACAACCUCACCUCUAUACCUACACUGCUCCCACGGCACUGGGGUCCACAGGAACGGUGGCCCACCUGGUCGCUUCCCAGAAUUCGGCCCGUCACGCGGUCCAGCACGCCAGCUACCCUCCAGGUAUCGUCCACCAGGUGCCUGUUAGCAUGGGCCACCGCGUUCUGCCCUCACCCACCCUGCAUCAUGGCCAGUACCAGGCGCAGUUCGCGCACCAGACCUACAUCAGCGCAUCACCUGCCUCCACUGUCUACACUGGAUAUCCGCUGAGCCCCACUAAGAUGAACCAGUACCCUUACCUCUGAAGCUGAAACACUGGAGCCCAGCCAAUCGCUGCUUGCCAUUUCUACCCCACCCCUCCAGAGUCAGAGAGACGUGCUUAAGCCUAUCACCCCUUAACCCCGCCCCUUCAUGCUUAAACUUGAAGACAAUGAAGAUGCUGAUGGAUAGAGCAAGUGUACUCUUGGAGGAAACAGAAGGGUACUAUGGAGCUUUUGUUUUUUUUAGAUGACUUUUUUUGCCUUCUCAAAAAGGGCCAGUUAAUCUUUUAUUUUACUUUCUUUUAGAGAGAGAGAUUUGGGAUUUGUUUUUGUUUUUAAUAGAAGUUGAAGUUUUCCUUUACAAGUUCUCAUCAACGGCUGUUUGGGAGAGACAGAGCUUUGUUAAACCGAGGUUUUGUUUGGUUUUCCUUUUCUCGAAAUCAUUCACUGACUGUUGAGCCGGCGUCACGACGUGGAUGUAUGAAUUCCUGGGAAUUAUUGGAUAAGGUGAAAUACGGAUAUUUGCUGCUCUUCAAAGAAAAAAUCUAAUGAUGGCCUUGUACUGUCUUAAACGUUUCCAAAUUACGUGCGGCGAGCGGUAUGUCCAUACCCCGCCGCGCUCUCCCGAAUACACCUGGAGGGAACAUUUUGGAAAUAGGAGACUUUCUAGUGUAUUUAUAGACUUUUAUUUGUUUGCGUUCACAUUUAGAAAAGAAAAUACGUUUGUCAUACCGUAGAAAACUAGCUGGGCCCCUCUUUGUAGAAUGUAGCAGUCUGCACCCAUUUAUUUAAUGAAGAACCUUUCUGAUACCAAUGGAUAAUUUGUGUUCCUCUUUUAAUGUGAUUGCACAAAAGUGGUUUCAAUAACAUAGGCAUGUUCAACAUGGUAGUCGGUCGUGUGUUUGCGUGCACGCGUGCGCCCGCGGAAAGCGCCGUACGUUGCACCGCCCGCACAUUUGUGCGCUAUAUUCCUCCACAGUCUUAGGUUUAUCAUUGUUACCUCGUAGUGCCUUACAUUUAUUACGACAGUUUACUUGGCUGGAAACCCUCUAGAACCUGAUGCUAGUCUGGGAAUUGGCUCCUAGGUUGAACGUCUUUAUCCGUGCUGUUAUGUUAUUAAGUUCAUGGUGUAAGUGUUAUAGCCCUAAAUGUUAUUUAAGCGCUUUAUUCACAAAAAUAGGCACCUGCAGCGUGCUUCUUGUUUAGCGUGCAUGAGGUUGUUUUACAUUUAGCCUGGGGUAAUGAACCAAAGUUGUCAUUUAAAGUAACUUUUGUUCUAGAUAGUGAAUAUAAUUAUAUAUAGGCUAGCAUAUUUACUGUACAUACCGAAGCUAUGGUUUGCUCAUCUUGCGAUCAAUGCAACUUCACUGAUGUUAAAGGUGUAAUGUGUUUUAGCGGUAUCUAGUGGUGAGAUUGCGAAUUGCAAUCGAUCUCAAAUUCGCAAUGCAACGAGAAGCUACAGUAGCUGCCACUUGACAUCGUAAAAAACAUGACAGCGACUUCCAUGUAAGGAGACCCGCGGUGUAUGUAGAUAAAAACGACUUUUUCUAAGGUAAUAAAAACAAUACAGUUCGUUGUACAAUGUCAGGUCUUUAUACACCACUGAUAACAUAGUUAUGUAUAUUAUAUUGCAUAUCUGUCAAAAGAUCCUUUCUAAAAAUGACACAUUGCACCUUUAAACUGUAUACAGUAUGUCAUAGGGGAUUUACAUGUAUAUUUAAUGGAUAAAGUGUACCACUCAGUUUAACUUAAGAUCGCGCCACACAAUUUGUCAGUAAAGAAAAACAUGCAUUCUACGCCUGGAUAGGUCGACCAAGGAGAAAAACUGUGUGUGGAUGGCUGGAGCUGAUAGCCUGUCGGAGCCUGGGGCAGAAGUGGUUUAAUGACUAUAAGCCUAGGAGAAUUCAAGAAAGAUGGUUUUAUUAAUGAAAGGAACAGCUGAGGUGCUUGUGGACGGUGGUGGAUUGUGAAGGGAACUGUUGGAAGAGUAAAAGAAAGCAAGUUCCACAUUUUUAAUGAGAAUAGCAUGUUGGCUUUAAGCACGUUGGUAGAUGCCGAAGGAAAGCCGUGUGCAGCGAGGGCAUUGCAUGACAGAGCACCAUACUCAGAUUUGAGCAUCUUUCAGGGUUCUUCGUCAAUUCGUGGGGUUUUAUUAUGGAGGCUUAUACGGCUAAAGGGCGAGCUGAAGAUGUCUGGGACGAACUGUAUCAAAACUGACUUUGUUCACUUUUGUCUUACCACAGGAAUCACUCAUACCACAGGAAUCACGUCAGUAAGAUAAUGAAAGUGUAGGAAACUGUGGGCCAACGCGUGUGUUUUUGCUGCUUAUUUUAACAUUGAUAUGUUAGCCAAUCAUUUAUUUGACACUGUGUCCUAGCCAUGUGUGACGCAAUAAAGCAACACGCUUGUUCAUGUAAAUCUGACCUUUAAAUCAGCUGUGACAAACCACAGGGUUUUGCUGGUCACCUACACUGUAAAAUAUUUCAACAUAAGUUAACAAAGCCCCGUGCUCAGUGCAUGUUUCUUUAAAUAAAUUAUUAACCUUAAAAAUCUGUGCAGUAGAGGGUUAAAUAAUUUUUAACUUGUUUAUAAGUUAUGUCAACUAUAUACUAGUAAAAAACCUAAAAUUGUAGGUUUAAUUGACUUGCAUAACCAAUUUGAAUAAACAUGCAUGCAUCAUUGCAUUUUUUUGCACAGAUCUGAAAAAAACAUUAAAAAUGCUGUAUUAAGCAUGCCAGGCCAGUAGAUGGCGAUAUUACUUUGUAAAGAAACAAUAGUAAAUGUAAUGCUUACGUUACUUUUUAGUUACUUUUGCGUUACUUUUUCUUGACUGAGGCUUGAUCUCUUUCAUCUCUUUUUAUGACUGAAAAUUUUUGCAUUCAGAAAUUGCAUAUUUCAUCACAAAAAUGUAGAGCUCUGGCCUACCAUCUCAGUUUCUGACUCAAACUGUUCCCACACAGGCAUGUACGCAUAGAGUGCAUAAUGUGACUAUGUUUAGUUUUAAUCAGUACAUAAUUGUUUUAAUCUUAUUACUUAAACUAAAAAAGUAACUUGCAUUACUUUUUAAAAAAAGUAACAAAAUAUUAAUGUGUACAUUUAAAAAGUAAUGCCUUACUUUACUCGUUACUUCAGAAAAGUAAUAUUAUUACGUAAUGCAUGUUACUUGUAAUGCAUUACCCCCAACACUGGAGGUUGGUUUAUUAAAGUGACCCUGGACUAUAAAGCACCAAAAUUUGUUACAUUUUGCUUGUGAAGCGUUAAACUCAUUAUCUGCAGUGUCCUAAACACAGACCUGAAGGUCACCAUUGUUGUUUAGGUUACUGUACAUUUGCACUUGGCAUGCCUAUAUUGACUUAAUACGUACAUGACGUCACAGUUAUCACAGACGAGCGUUUUUGUAGUUUACACGAAGACAAUGUGUUGUUUUCAAAAACUUCACUUUAAAUCCUUUCUUCAAAAGUUUGCCUUUAUGGGACCCCAAAACUCUGUUGUCGUGUAAAUAUACAGCCAAAACACAUUAAAACUUUCCGAAAAUGUUGCCAUAACCCCUUUGAGCACGGAAUAUAGUGUUUUUACAUGUGCGCGGACAUACGCGCACGGUCAAAUGCACAGCUUUGCAAAGUUUGCAAAGUACACAGAUUUUGACCAAUGUGCAAAAAAAAAAUUCCUUUGGGUUUUUAAAAAAUUUCACGCACAAACGACAACACUGUCCAAAAUAUCAGCAAUUACACAGAUCUGCAAAAAAACAUAAAACAUUCUGUUUUACACAUGCCAGGCCAGUAGAUGGCGAUAUUACUUUGUAAAGAAACAAAAUGCAAUGCAUCUCCUGGGCUACAUACUAGAUUCUCCUGUACACGUAUACGCAACUUACACGUACAAAGUACACGCAGUUACAAAAUCUGGCAGUACAUGGACCCUCGCAUGUGCAUAAAAACCCACCCAGAGCAAAAUCUCAUUGGUUUAACUCCACUUCAAUUAUGUUUUGACUGGCUUUUUAUUUUCAGUGUGGAUGGACAAAUGAUAUUAGUUUGUGUACGUUUUUGCAUUGCUAUGGUUGGGACACAGUGUUAGUCUGUUUUGUCGUCAGAAUGUGUGUAUAUGUAUAGAGUAUCAAAUAUAUUUCCUUCUGCCCUCUUGUCAUGCCAUAGUACCUGCAUUUGAAGUAGUUUUAUUUUUACUUGGAGGUGUUUGUAUUUCAAUGUUUUAUGUUACUAGAUAUAUUGUGUUUAUGUAGAGAGUGUUGCAAUAAUUUUUGUCGAUGUUCGUUAAUGCAUUUUUUGUUAUUUGUCAAGCAUUGUAUUUUUGUUUUUCGGUGGUUGAUACGUAACAGGGAUGUUGAUUAUCCAUACGUGAACCCUCCUAAGUUGGCAGAAAGCCUACAGUAUACUUUGUAAAUUUGCUUGGCCAGGGUCUGACACCUAGUUACAUUCUACCCCAACCUUCAUUUCGAAUCAGAAGCUUGAUGUUUAUGCUCACAAAUCUGUGUCUAUAGUUGGAUGCCUAUGUAAACACACACAAAAAUGCUUCUUUGUUGUUAAAGCCACAUAAAACAUUCCAUUCCAGUCCGGAGCCGUUGGUGUACCUAAAGCCUCCCGUCAAUAGAGCUGACCAGUACAACCAAACUGGGACUUCACAGGCUUUUAAGUACUUUAUGUUCCUCCCACCAAAGAUAUUCAGCAUGUCACUGAUGCAUAGACUUUAACCCUGGCUGCAAUGGAGGACACACUGUGUUUCACUGAUAUUUGAACAACAAAAGACAGGGUUGAUCAGUUCAGAAAUGAUCUUGUAUAUAAGUGGCAUAUGUAGGAAUUCACUCAGAUCUUACAAUGCAGUGAAAAAGCACCAAAAUAGCAAAAAAGCCUGCUUUUCUACUUUCUCAUUGUACAUUUUGUCAGUGGUACUUCUCUUUGUUGACAAAGAAAAUAUGUCCUGAUUGCAAAUAGGGUCAGAUGAGUCGAUAGAAGAUUAACAUAAUUACGUUUCUUUUAAGUUUUAAACAUAAAAUGUCACCUAUAUGCUUUAUUUUAGUUUCAAGGCUGCUUUGUGUACUUUUAUUUUCUAAUGUUAUAGUAUUUUUCUUUUCCCAGCUUAUGCAGAAAACCAUUUGUAGGUUGACUUCCUAAAGAAUAUGAACACUGUGGGGCUUUCAGCUUUGCUCUAUUUGGUUGAGCGGCUUGACAGGGUUACAUUAUUGGCCCAUAUAGUGGCCUUUGAAUUGAAUCUGGUUAAUAACUUUAAUUUACUUUUAAUAAAGGGCAUAGUGGUAAACUAAAAUCUGAACUAAAAUACAUUUUCAUUAUGUGUAGUAAUUGUUAUUACUGAAUUUAGUCACUUUGGGACGAAGUCUUGAUCUUCAUGUAGCAUAAAUUUGAAUCAAUACUACAUUUCUAUUAUUUUCUCCAAAUUAUACAUUUCAGUGUGUUUUACUUAUAGUUCAAUUCAUAGAAAGCCAAUCCUACAAAUGUAAAUGUUUGUUUUAUACAAUUCUGAACACGUUCUGAAAGUUUAUGUUGUAACAUGUUUGUUUUUCUUCUUUUUUUAAGUUUGUAAUCAUCAAAGUAGAAAGUAAUUUAGAAAUAAGCAUUCAUACAAUUUGCAAUGUAUUUUUAUGUAAGCCAUCUUAUUAUUCACGGUGUGAUUUUAAUAUCAAAAUCCUGCCUUCUCCAUAUAAUACACAUGAAGCUUUAAAAAACAUGGAUUUAAAAGUCUGCUCACACAAAAUGUCCAACUUUCAGCAUUGUGGAUCCCUCCAUAAUCAUGAAUUAACUUAAGCUUGGAUAAUGUUUUACUAUAUCGUGGCCAGAGUGCUUCUAUAUUUGUGAAGCUUCUUCAUUUUUGUUUUCUCCUUGUUUUUAAAAUGUAUCACGUACACACGUGUUUGCUCAGAGAGGACACAUUAGAGGUUCAGACACAAUUGAUGAUCUUAUGUAUGAAUGUGCUAAGAGGCCAAAUAUGACAAUAUGGCCAUUCUCCAUGCGUUGUUUUAGAACCAAAAAAGGGAAACAACAAUCUUCAUGCCCAAGACAUCAUUCAACUCAUGUUUAGGCUGUGUUAGGAAACUGUAUUAUGGAGUGACAUAAACGUAAGCAUCUGUAUUAAUUAUUAUCUGGGUAAAACCAUAAUCUUUUCACACAACUGUGAAUGCUAGUGAACAUUGUAAAGCUCUGACAGAAAUGUCAUUUGUCACAAAAGUUGCCACAGUAACCUGUCAUGUACCGUGAUACACUGUAGCCGUUGUGCAACCAUCCAGAACAGUUUUCUACUUGCACAGCAGCAAACAUUCACAGUAAAAUGUAAAAAACACAAAACAAAUAUUUUUCUACAAUGUAUCGAGACCUAAGAACGCAUCCGACACCCCAGUCCUACUUUUGUCGAUUGCUGUAUGGUUUCUCAGUAGUGUGUAUCACAUUAGUUGUUGUCAAAGCUGUUGUGUGCUGCAGUAUUUCCAGGUAUACUUAUUUGUUUAUUGUCCUUUUUUAUUAUUAUAAUUUUGCUUUGUUUAUUGGGGAUUUGAAGAAGUGUGAUGUCUCAUUAUUUUAAUCUGUUAACGUAGCAUUAUAUGUACCCUAUACCUUAGGCUAACAUUAUUAAGUAUGCUAUGAGAAUUGAUAUUUUACUGGCUUUAUAGAAUGUUCAAAUGAAUAUAAUAAUGACAAUAAUAAGAAUGAUUUAACUCCUAAAAACUGAGUACUUGCUACUAAGCGCUUGUGUUACCAUUACCAAUGUUGUGUGCUUCUCUUAAUAAUUUUCGUUGUAGAAAAAAAAUGAGUGGAUUUUAUUAGACUUCAACAACUAAUGAUAGCAGUGUACAUUCAUGGAGGAUUUUUAACAAACACGGGGGUUAUAGAAGAAUAUAGUUAUUUUAAUCGUUCUAUUUACUAACUGUAGGAUGUGAAGGGGCUUGCGUCGUGGUGAACUAUGUUAUAGCUUGUUAUUCACUGUUACUUUUGAUCAUUUUUCGGUCUCCAAGGUGAAUCGAGUUAUUAAAGGAAAUUUGUAUGCUCACAUAUGCAUAUUGUAUAUGUGUAGAAAUGUAAUCACACUUUGUCUUGGAUUUACAUUAAACUGUUAAGUCACGA